AGGGACGUUCACUUUAAUCAGUCUGAUGUAGGUUUAGGGCUUUGUUUUAGUUACUAUAGCAACAGUCUGUCUACUGGUUACUGUUAAAAUAUCGCCUGUGGUUUCAUUAUUUGGAUUCUAGCAAUAAACGAUAUCUACGCAUAGACAAACUUAACCUUCACGCCGUGUGUAGACGUGUCGCGACAAAACUAUAAUCAAUCAGCGGAGAGUACAAUCUGAGUCCGCGCGAGCAGCAGCGUCGUAGUUUCAUCGCGUCGCUCAGUGUGUACAGUGUCUACGGGGCACUGGAGGUCACUUCCUGAUUUACUGACUGUCGGCAAUAUGUCCUAACACUUUCAAAACGCUCUGCCUCUCCUUAAAUGACAACGGUUUGCGUGCCUGAAAAGCGACGUUACCUCUACAGGUGGAAGUAGCAAGAGUUUUUGACUUUAUUUGACGCAGACGAGCACUUCCUUCAGUCGUAGCGCAGGUGGAUUUCUCAAUAGUGAUUCGCAUGUUUCCCUUCAUCGGUGAGGAUGGUUUAAAAUGGCGGUGGCAGCGUCACAACAGGGUCUGGAGUAAAUGUGAGGAGGUGAUGGACGCACACACAUCUUUCCAGGUGCAGCAGGAUCAUGGCAGAAGCAGAGCACACGUCCAGUCAAAGCAAUGAUGAUUUCCAGGUCUCAUCGUUCAGCAACUCUUCACACAACCAGUGUUUGCAGACUGCCUCGAAGCCUCUCAGCCAAAACCAUGUCAACCAUCACAUGCCCUCAGACUCUCAGCUGCCACAUGUCUCCCUCAGCUGCAAAUCAUUCACUUCCUUUAAUGGCACAUGUGAUGAGGAUGGCAGCAGCUUGGCCUCUCAGGACUCUGGAAUCCCCACCCUUGAGAUGAACCCCCCUGAGCACAUUCAUGCUCGAGUCACCACUGGUGAGCUGGUGCUUCCACCUCCACAUGAUGAUAGUCCAGCAACACUAAACUUGGAUAUUUCAGAUAGCUCCAUACUCAAGUCUUCCACCUUCCCACGUUGUGACUUUGAUUUGGUACGUCCUUAUGGUGCCGGUGGGCUCUCCAGUGCGGCAGGCAAGGGUACUUUGAACCGCAGUGAUGAUAUUUCAGUGUGCAGUGUUUCAAGUUUAAGUACUGAGUUUUCUGCCACAUUAUCUGUCAGUAAUGAGGACUUCCUAGACUUUAUGGUUACAUCCGAGUCCAGUGCUGUUGUUACAUUUGAGAAUGAAGAUGUCUUGCACCGUUCUGACAAUUCACUCUCAUCUCCUACUGACUUACGCGGCAAGCUCAGCAGCCCUCAGUUGCAUCCUGUGGGGGUCUCUACACCACAUGAAGCUAGACCCAAGAGACUGGGUCCACUCGCCAGCUUCUUCCACAGGAGUCUUUUUGCUAAGAGGAUGAAGGAUACGGGUGCACAGGAAGAACAGAGAGAGCCUGGCUGGAAGCUGUUUGGUAUAGUUCCACAUAAAGAACUUUCAGUUAAAGACUCCAGGAAAAUACAAAAGGAAUAUGAAAGGAGUGGACAAUCAAGCAGUUCCAUAUCUCCCAAGAAGAAUUUAAGAAGGAACCUGGACUUUGAGCCACUUUCAACCACAGCCCUCAUACUGGAGAACCGGCCAGCGAAUCUUCCUGCAAAGCCUGAGGAAGAAGCCCAGAAACACAGACAAGAAUAUGAGGAGAUGGUAGCUCAGGCAAAGAAGAGAGAGCUGAAAGACGCCCAGAAACGGAAAAAACAACUAGAGGACAGGUGUAAACUAGAGGAAAGCAUCGGCAAUGCUGCUCUCACCUGGAGUCAGGAGAUAUUGCCCAACUGGCAAAGCAUGUGUUCAUCUAAGCGGGUGAGGGAUUUGUGGUGGCAGGGUCUGCCACCCAGUGUGAGGGGCAAAGUCUGGAGUCUAGCGAUAGGCAAUGAACUAAACAUCACAGAUGAGCUGUAUAACAUCUGUUUGGCGAGAGCCAAAGAAAAGUGGAAUGCCUUUGUAGCCCCAACAGCUGCUGCAGAAACAGAGAGUGAAGAUGCAGGCUUGUCUCAUGCUGACCGAGAGGCCAGUCUAGAACUGAUCAAGUUAGACAUUUCCAGAACCUUUCCCAAUCUCUGUAUCUUCCAACAGGGAGGCCCAUACCAUGAUGUACUGCACAGCAUUCUGGGAGCUUACACUUGCUAUCGUCCUGAUGUGGGAUAUGUGCAAGGAAUGUCCUUUAUAGCAGCAGUGUUGAUUCUCAACAUGGACAUUGCUGAUGCCUUCAUUGCUUUUGCCAAUUUGUUGAACAAGCCUUGUCAAAUGGCUUUCUACAGAGUGGACCACAGCCUUAUGUUGACAUACUUUGCAGCUUUUGAAGUGUUCUUUGAAGAAAAUCUACCAAAGCUUUUUGCACAUUUUAAAAAUAACAACCUGUCCUCUGAUAUUUAUUUAAUUGACUGGAUCUUCACCUUGUACAGUAAAUCUCUCCCACUGGACAUUGCGUGCCGAGUGUGGGACGUGUUCUGUCGUGAUGGCGAUGAAUUUCUCUUCCGCACAGCACUGGGGAUUCUGCGUCUUUACGAGGACAUCCUCACACACAUGGACUUCAUCCACAUCGCUCAGUUCCUGACGCGCCUGCCGGAAUACAUCUCUGCUGAGGAGAUCUUCUCCAACACAACCACCAUCAACAUGAACAGCAAGAACAAGAAAUGGGCACAAGUUCUUCAGGCUUUGCAGAAAGGACAGGACCGUGGCAGUCCACUACUGAAACGCUAAGGAUGAACCUCACAGAGACUAAGAGUGAAACUCAUGUAGACUGUGCAUGGGUACUCCUCAUCAGAGAAUAUCAGUUCCAGUAGCCACUGUAUGUGUCCUCUUCCAUACAAACUGACCUCACAGGGCUGGAACAGAGGCAACACAUCACAUGAAUGUCAGUUAGGUGUGGCAGUGUCUCUGUCCUCUCAUUACUUUCUUUUCUGCCUCGCUCAGCUUAAACGAGGCAUUUGCAUUUAAGCAAAAUAAAAUCUGUUUUGCUGUGGUUUUCUGAGGUUGUUUUUAUGUUGUUUUUACCAUUGUUUCUAAGACUUCUUGCACACUGAGCUAUUAUUUAUUCUACCUCUUACUCCCUGUCUGUAAUCUGUGUUUCUGUUCUCUGUCUCACAAAUCUCUUUAUUCAGAGAUUUGAGCGGAUACUGAAAGAUAUUGCUGUGUGCAUGGUAUUGUUACUGAAUUCUCUGUCCCUUUUUACUUUUCUCUCUUUUUUUUUUAUUAUAGAAAGUGUUGUGCCAGUCCAAAACCAAACAUUCUGGAAUACUAGGGUUUCUGAAGUUACAAAAUUUGGUUUCAAUUCAUGCUUCCAGAACAGGACUUUAGCAUAAUGAAUGUGGCUUUAACAUUGUGGUGCAGCUUGGAUCUCAUGGUGGUUGAAGUGUUGAAAAGAAGGUAGAUGAAAGAUUGAGUAGGAUUAUGAGUUCAGUGAUGACGGUGGUUUCACAGCAUUAUGCUUGACAUCUCAAUAACAGAGAAACAAGCCUCUCAGUAAAUUAUUCUUGACAUUCAACACCUCAUCAAAUUGAGAUUAAAAUCAGAAAAUGUUUCAAAUACCGAAAUUAUUCGAAAUGUAUCAAAUACCAUGUUAUAAUACUUAAUAGUCUUUACUUGUUUCAUGUAAAUAACAUGCACUAAACUGGCCUAAUUUUUGGGACCAUAAUAUGUAACAGCAAUAACAGCAUUUUUCACUUUUUUUUUAAGUUUAGAGAAGUGAUUUUGUAUUGACAGUAUCACGUUAAACAUUCAGAUGCUUAUUUAUUAUAUUAAUUAGAAUUCAUGGAAGUUCAUGGAUUAUUUUUGUGAGGAAAAAGACCUAAAUAUCAUAUCCUCAGAGAGUGUAAGUGUGUUUACUGUAUGUACACAGUAAUAUGUAAACAAGCUAUAAAGGCACCAGAAUAUUGAAGGGCACUUGAUAUCUUGCACACUCUAAAGUAAGUUUAUGUUCAGAUAUUAUCUAGAUAAUGUGGUGAGAUUUCACUGCUUUGUGUUCACUGUGAUCGAAGGAAAACCUCCCACCUUUUCUGUGGUCUUAACCACACUACUGCAAUAAGCUGCUUUGCAAAAUCUUUUCUUUUUUUCUUUUCCAUAGAUUUUCACUGUCGUCUUUACUAUGCUCUCUGCUAUUUCAUGUUUUGUUUCUUGUUCAUUACCAUAUAGGAACCCCAGGAACGUGUUUUGUGUUAAUGUUGGCUGUUUUCAUUAUAAUCAGAUUAUUCAUUGCCCUCAAUAUUUAAAUAGCCUAUUUUUAUAUCUGGGGAACACACACCAGGAGCUUUAAGUCGAUGGCUUUUUAUUUUUUGCCUUAAGUACAAGGUUUUGAAAUAACUUCCAUAACUCAGAAAAACAACUUUAAAGACUUCAUAUAUAUCCAGUGCUUUCAGUUGUUUGGGUUCAUGUACAAUAAAAGGUGUGAAGACAAUCUUAAGUUUAAUGAAAGAUUACGUGUGUGUGUGUGUGUGUGUGUGU